AUGGGGCUGCCAUUCUACCGAAGUCUAACAUCUUACUGCUCACUAAUCUGCCAUACUUGGCAGAUAUCUUUGGAGGAUUCUGUCAGAAAGAAUCGCUUACUGACUACGCGAUUGGUAUCCAUUUACUUGUUCUCACGAGUGCUGAUAGCAAGAAUGAAGCUUCUACUGCUUUUGUUUCUUCUGGUAUUUUGUGGUGCAGAAUCAGCGAGGAUGCUGAAAAGAGCAGGCGGACAAUGGAAAUUUAAAUGCGAAAAGAGCAAAUGCAAGCCUGUGCCAAAAGCCAAGUCCAAAAUGCAACAUGGCAAUUUCUACGACAGUCAAAAACAGUGCCUAAACUACUGCGGAUUAUGGCAGUAA